UUUUUUUAUUUAAAUAUUUCUCCACAUUAUUAUUAUUCUUUCUCACCUUUUUUUUUUUCUUUUAUUCACUCCCCACUCUCUUAGCACAAAAAAAUGCCUGAAAUUAAAAUAUUUUCAAGAAAUGAAGUAGCAAAACAUAAUACUGAAGAUGACUGUUGGAUCAUUAUUGAUGGUGCAGUUUAUAAUGUAUCUACUUUUGCUCAGUUGCAUCCUGGUGGUAGUCAAAUAUUGAUUGAAUUAGGCGGAAAAGAUGUGACGGAGGACUUUUAUGCUCUUCAUAGACAAGACGUUUUAAUUAAAUAUGCUCCACGUCUUAAAAUUGGUGUGAUUGAAAAUGAAAAAUCGCAGGUUAUAAUUCGUCAAUCUGGUGACUUGUCUAAUGUUCCUUAUGCAGAGCCCAGUUAUUGGAUGGGAUUUAAAAGCGCUUAUUACAAUGAAAGCCAUACUAAUUUUCGUAAAGCUAUUCGUGCUAUCUAUGAUGAAAUUAAACCAGAAGCAAUUUUAUCUGAAGAUUCGGGAGCAUAUCCUACUAAGGAACUUUAUGCAAAAUUAGGUGAGGAAGGUGUAUUGGCAAGUCAAAUUGGUCCUGGACCUUGGCUUAAAGGUCUUAAAUUACCUGGAGGUAUUAAACCUGAAGAUUUUGAUUACUUUCAUGAAAAGAUUGCUCAUGAGGAAACAGCAAGGCUUGGAACACCUGGAUUUGCGGAUGGUAUUUCAUCAGGUUAUAGUAUUGGUCUUCCACCUAUUUUUAACUUUGGUAAUCCUGCUUUAAAAGCAAAAGUAGUCCCAGAGGUUUUACUGGGUAAAAAACGUAUUUGUUUAGCUAUUACAGAACCUUAUGCAGGUUCUGAUGUCGCUCGUAUUCGAACAACAGCCACUCGAACCCCUGAUGGUAAACAUUUUAUCAUUAAUGGUGUCAAGAAGUGGAUUACGAAUGGUACCUUUUCUGAUUACUUUACAGUAGCUGCAUCUACUGAUAAAGGAAUUACCAUGUUUUUCGUUGAACGUGAUGAUCAUAUUGAAACAAAACAAAUUAAAACUUCUUAUUCUCCCUCAGCUGGUACAUCUUAUAUUACCUUUGAUAAUGUUAAAGUACCUGCUGAAAAUAUUCUUGGUAAGGAAGGAAAGGGCUUCCAGGUAAUCAUGUAUAAUUUUAACCAUGAACGUUGGUAUAUUUGUUGUGCUGUAAUCGGAGCUUCUCGUGCUGUUGUAGAGGAUUGUUUUAAAUGGGCUAAUCAACGUAAAGUGUUUGGUAAACGUCUUAUUGAUCAGCCUGUUAUUCGUAACAAGCUGGCUUCUAUGAUCUCAGAAUUAGAAGCAGUUGAAAAUUGGCUAGAAAACAUCACUUAUCAAAUGUGUAAUAUGUCUUAUAUGGAACAGUCUGUUAAAUUGGCAGGUCCCAUUGCUUUAUUAAAGUAUCGUUGUACACGUGUUUCUCAUCAUAUUGCUGAUGAUGCCUGUCAAAUCUUUGGAGGUCGUGCUAUCACAAAGACAGGUAUGGGUCGUAUGAUUGAAGCCUUCCAAAGAACGUAUAAAUUCGGUUCCAUUCUUGGUGGUUCAGAAGAAAUUAUGGCUGAUCUUGGUAUUCGUCAAGCUAUGAAAGCCUUCCCUACUGGUGCUAAGCUUUAAUAGUUUACCUUAUUUUAUGAAUUGAAUCAAUAUAUACAAAUCUCUUUCUUUUCAUAUAAUAUAAUAAUUGAUAAAAGAAAUAAAUCUAAUUUUAACACAU